CCCUCAAACUCAUCACAUAUUCAACCCCUCCACCAACCUCUCUCUCUUCUCCCCCAUCAAACCAAAAACCUCUGCUUUCCAGUUGCUACUUCAAAUCCAUGGCUUCAACAAUCUCCAACGCCCCCUGCACGCUCAACACCCAAACCUACGUUGCUCUCAGACCACCGCACGGGACUCCAAACUUCGCUUCUCCCCGCCCUCCGCGCCUCUUCGCCGUCAGGGCCAGUGACUCCGAUUGUGAAGCCGCCGUAGUCGCCGGAAGAGUGCCGGAUGCCCCUCCUGUUCCGCCCAAGCCCGCCGCCCCAGCUGGAACCCCUGUGGUCCCUCCACUUCCACUUCACCGGCGUCCUCGUCGGAAUCGAAGGACACCGGCACUUCGAUCAGCUUUUCAGGAAACAACCAUUUCACCUGGGCAUUUUGUGUAUCCCUUAUUCAUACAUGAAGGUGAGGAAGACACACCAAUUGGGGCUAUGCCUGGAUGCUACAGGCUUGGUUGGAGACAUGGACUUGUGCAAGAGGUUGCAAAGGCACGAGAUGUUGGUGUUAAUAGUGUUGUCCUCUUCCCCAAAAUUCCAGAUGCUUUGAAGACUCCUACCGGAGAUGAAGCAUACAGUGAGAAUGGCUUAGUGCCUCGAGCAAUACGUUUGCUCAAGGAUAAGUACCCUGACCUUGUUAUCUAUACAGACGUUGCAUUAGAUCCUUAUUCAUCAGAUGGCCAUGAUGGCAUAGUUAGAGAAGAUGGAGUUAUUAUGAAUGACGAGACAGUUCAUCAGCUUUGUAAACAAGCUGUAGCCCAGGCCCGAGCUGGAGCAGAUGUUGUCAGUCCUAGUGAUAUGAUGGAUGGUCGGGUAGGAGCAAUAAGAGCGGCUCUUGAUGCUGAAGGCUUUCAGCAUGUUUCUAUAAUGUCAUAUACAGCAAAGUAUGCAAGUUCAUUUUAUGGCCCAUUUAGAGAAGCACUGGACUCAAACCCCCGGUUUGGAGACAAAAAGACUUAUCAGAUGAACCCAGCAAAUUACAGAGAGGCUCUGACAGAGAUGCGAGAAGAUGAAUCUGAAGGAGCUGAUAUUCUCUUGGUGAAGCCAGCUCUUCCUUAUUUGGAUGUCAUAAGGCUGCUCAGGGAUAAUUCUCCUUUGCCAAUUGCAGCAUACCAGGUUUCUGGUGAAUACUCGAUGAUCAAAGCUGGUGGUGCUCUUAAAAUGAUUGAUGAAGAAAAGGUUAUGAUGGAGUCACUAUUAUGCCUCCGUCGGGCUGGUGCUGAUGUCAUCCUUACUUAUUUUGCUCUUCAAGCGGCCAGAUCUUUGUGUGGAGAGAAGAGGUGAGAUUGUUCACAUAUUUAGGGCAUUGUUCAUUGUAGCAAGCCGAAGAGCUCAAAGAACUAGCCAGUCUGUAGGGUUUGAAAAUCAUACUUGUGAACCCUCAAAUUAAACUUGAUCCUUAUUUUCAUAUUUAUUUUUGAUACCUUAGAACAAUGAGGAUUGUAUUAAGAUUUCAAAUGAGAGCUUUGGGCCAUUUAAGCCCAUUUAGUGAAUAAAGAAUGUGACAUUGAAAAUAAAAAA